UUCAGUUUUUUUCGAACCGCCGACGUGAACGCACGCAGAGCGCUUGCCGCAGUUGGAUUUUUGAUUUGAUUUUUCACAAGCCAGAGUCGCGCGCUGGAGAGUUGUGGGCCGCUUUUGUUUGUCUCUUUUUUGUGACCAGCGAUUUGGCAACCGAUGCGAAUAAGCCACGCUAAGAGCAACGCAACGGGACGCAGCAUAAAAAACCCAAGACACAAGGCGCAAUUAAAUGCAAAUGUGUGAAAGUGUAGCGUAAAAAGCCACAAAUUUCGCGGCUCAAAAGUGCGAACAAGCGCGAACAGAAAAGCUGAGAGUGCCAGUGCGUGAUUGUUCGUGCCAGCUACAUAAACCAAAUAAAUAUUAAUAUUUGCUGAGGAGAUUGGACCAGCAGCUAACCUCACAUUUAAUAAAACGUAUUAAAACGUAAAUUACUUAAAAAUACAUUAAAAAUGUUCAACCGGCUGCAGCUGCAUUUGUAGUGGGCGCCAGGAUACGAAGGCACUGCGAAAAGGAUAAUUCAUCUUGUUUCUCCACACGACGAGCACAGGUCUGAGCAAGACUUAAGAAAAAGGAGUAGGAGCAAAGAAGUUGGCCAUCAUGAGGCGACUUAAAAUGGCUUCCGAGUGGGCGGCGCUACUGUUGAUCCUGCAACUAUUCCGGUGGCCAGGAAGUGAGGCGUCCUUCGGUCGGGAUGCGUGCAACGAGAUGAGCAUCGACGGACUCUGUCAGUGUGCACCCAUCAUGUCGGAAUACGAGAUCAUAUGCCCAGCGUAUGCCGAAAACCCCAUUUUCAAGCUCACCAUCCAGCCGAGCAAUGACUAUGUGCAGAUUGUGUGCAAUCUGACGGAUACCACGGACUACCAGCAGUUGCCAAAGAAGGUGCGGAUCGGCGAGGUCGAUCGGGUGCAGAUGCGAAGGUGUAUGUUGCCCGGCCACACGCCUAUUGCCAGUAUUCUGGACUAUCUGGGCAUAGUCUCGCCCAAGACGCUGAUCUUCGAGAGCGACAACCUGGGCAUGAACAUCACGAGGCAGCACUUGGACCGGCUGCACAGCCUCAAGCGUUUCCGGUUCACCGCCCGUCGACCCACUCACAUUCCCGGCAACCUACUUACCGACAUGCGGAACCUGAGUCACCUGGAACUGAGGGCGAACAUUGCCGAGAUGCCGAUGCACCUGUUUGAUGACCUGGAGAGCCUCGAGUCCAUCGAAUUCGGCAGCAAUCAGCUGAAGCAAAUGCCGCGCGGAAUAUUCGGCAAGAUGCCCAAGUUGAAGCACUUGAAUUUGUGGAGCAAUCAGCUGCACAACCUCACAAAGCACGAUUUCGAGGGCGCCAGCUCUGUGUUGGGCAUAGAUAUUCAUGACAAUGGAAUCGAACUGCUGCCGCAUGAUGUGUUUGCCCAUCUCACGAAUCUCACGGAGAUCAACCUGAGCGCCAAUCUCUUCCGUUCACUGCCCGAGGGCCUCUUCGAGCACAAUAAACAUCUGAAUGAAGUGCGACUGAUGAACAACCGUGUGCCUCUGGCCACUCUGCCGUCGCGCCUGUUCGCCAACCAGCCGGAACUGAAGGUCCUGCGGCUGAGGUGCUAUUUGGAAACACUGCCGGGCGAUCUUCUCGAGCAUUCCACACAGAUCACCAACAUCUCACUCGGUGACAAUCUGCUCAGCACACUGCCGGCCACUUUGCUGGAACAUCAGGUCAACCUUCUCAGCUUGGACUUGAGCAACAACAGGCUAACAGAUCUGCCGGAUUCGCUUUUCGAACAUACCACCAAUCUGUCGGAUCUGCGGUUAGAGGACAAUCUACUCACCGAAAUAAGCAGCAAACUUUUCAGUCAUUUGGGCAAACUGGAGACCCUCUAUAUGAGCAGAAAUCGGCUGCGCACCAUCGAUUCUAGAGCCUUUCUUGGUACCAUUGGCAUGCGGCAUCUGCAUCUGGAUCACAACGAUCUUGACCUGCAACAACCGCUGCUGGGCAGCAUUAUUCAGGGCCAAAUCAACUCCCCAUUUAGCAAUAUGCCUGAUCUACUCACUCUCAAUCUGCGCAACAACUCGAUUAUAUUUGUCUACUUUGACUGGAAAUUCGUGAUGGUGCAGUUGAGGGAUUUGGACCUGAGUUACAACAACAUCAGCACGCUGGAGUACGAGGAUCUGCAGUUCCUUUCGAGAAACAGGUUGCACGUCAACAUGACGCACAAUAAGAUACGCCGGAUCACACUGCCCGAGCAGCUUGGUGUAACCGACAACUGGGAUCCCAAUCUGGUGCAUGUGGAUCUCAACGACAAUCCCCUUAACUGCUCCUGCUCGAUCUACUGGUUUGUCCAGCUGGUGAGGGGUGCCAUUACGCCGGAAUAUGCCAAGCAGUUUAAGUUCCAGACUGAUCGACUGUACUGCAGUGAGCCUAAUGCCCUUCAGCACAUUCCAGUGCGCCGGGUAGAUCCUCGCAAGCUCAUUUGUCCGCUGGACUACUCCAAUGAUCCGCGAGAGCGCCAGUGCCCACUGGGCUGCUUCUGCUGGGUGCGUCCCUUCGACAACGCUUUGGUGGUGGAGUGCAACAAUGGCAACCUCACCCAUGUUCCUCGCCUGCCCAAUCUGCCCCCUAACCUGCAGUUGAUGGAGCUCCAUCUGGAGAACAACACACUGGUCACUAUGCCUCCUGCCAACACUCGAGGCUAUGAGAAGGUAACCAGUCUGCAUCUGUCUGGCAAUAAUCUCACCCACAUCGAUGUGGAUCAUCUGCCGCGCAAUCUUUCGCACCUGGACGUUAGUUGGAAUCAUCUACAAACGCUAAACGACUCAACGCUCGGCUUCCUCAAUCGCACCAUGAAGUCGCGCUCGAUGAAGCUGUCCGGCAAUCCGUGGAUCUGCAACUGUGACGCCAGACCGCUGCUGCUCUUCACCCAAGACAAUUUCGAGCGGAUCGAGGAUCGCAACGAGAUGCUGUGCAUGAACGCCGAGAUGCCCACACGGAUGGUGGAGUUGACCACCAACGACAUUUGUCCGGAGGAGAAGGGCGUGUUCAUAGCCCUGGCCGUUGUGAUUGCCCUGGCUGGUCUGCUGGCCGGUUUCACGGCCGCCCUGUACUACAAAUACCAGAUGGAGAUCAAGAUCUGGCUGUACGCGCACAACAUACUGCUGUGGCUGGUCACGGAGGAGGAGCUGGACAAGGACAAGAAGUUCGACGCCUUCAUUUCAUACUCGCACAAGGACCAGAGCUUUAUCGAGGACUAUCUGGUGCCGCAGCUGGAGCAUGGUCCGCAGAAAUUCCAGCUCUGUGUGCACGAACGCGACUGGCUGGUGGGCAGUCACAUCACGGAGAACAUUAUGCGUUCCGUGGCGGAGUCGCGGCGCACCAUUAUCGUGCUCAGCCAAAACUUUAUCAAAUCGGAGUGGGCACGGCUGGAGUUCAAGGCGGCGCAUAGGUCGGCGUUGAACGAGGGACGCUCCCGCGUCAUUGUGAUCAUCUACUCGGACAUCGGCGAUGUGGAGAAGCUGGACGACGAGCUGAAGGCCUACCUGAAGAUGAACACCUACCUGAAGUGGGGCGAUCCGUGGUUCUGGGAUAAGCUGCGAUAUGCCCUGCCCCAUCGCCGGCCCAUUGGCAACAUUGGCAACGGAGCGCUGGUCAAGACGGCGCUGAAGGGCUCAACGGACGACAAGCUGGAGCUGAUUAAACCGUCGCCGGUGACGCCGCCGCUGACCACGCCGCCGGCGGAGGCCACCAAGAAUCCGCUGGUGGCGCAGCUGAAUGGCGUCACCCCGCAUCCGGCAAUCAUGAUUGCCAACGGCAAGAACGGACUGACGAAUCUGUACACACCCAAUGGCAAGUCGCACCACGGUAAUGGCCACAUCAACGGCGCCUUCAUCAUCAACACGAAUGCCAAACAGAGCGAUGUAUAGGACUGGGAGAAGGCGGAGCUAUUCCAGUUCGAUCCCGACGAUGAGCUAUUGUUCCGUUAAAAAGAAACCAAACCCCAUACCCCAAACCCCGCAUCCACUGCCACUGACGAGGCGGAGAAAAGACCCAGCUGAAUGUAAAAAGUCUAGAGAAUAUUAUCGAUUUCCUCGUGUUUGGUCAAGUUAGAAUCGCCCCUUUCUAGGUUUAAUUAUCUUGCGCUUGUAGGAGCUCCAGGAAAAGUUAAUGAAAAUUUCCAUUUUCAAUAUUUCAUGUGGCCUUUGUUAAAGAAAAAUGAAAAAUUAAUAUAUUAGUUCGAGGACGAAAGAAAGGAAACACAAGCUAGUUUUACCACAUCACUCUGUUUUAAGUGUUAUAUGUAAGUUUAGCCUAGACCCUGUGCAGACUCUUGUAGACAUACAAAUCUCAUUUAUUUAGUAAUUAUUUGUACAUUAGGAUUACUGUAAGCUGCCGCAAAACAAAACAAACUAAGAAUGAGCUCAAUGCCUGAAAAACUUUUUGAAAUGGCCACUUUUAAUUUUACAUAUUUUAUUUUUGAACCGAAUCUCAAGCGAACGGGAAUCUGAGUUUUGAACAAAUCGAGCUUUAUUUCGAACUACCUACUUAUUAUUUGUUAUAACGCAACCUACAACUAAGUACCCACAUGCAAUACACAUAUGACGUAUCCAAAUAGUAGUAUAAACUCUGUAAUUGUGAACAAACGAAACAAAAGCAGCCGUAAUGAAAUACAAAUUGCCUUCUUUGUAUGUAUGUAUGUAUGCUAGAUAUGUAGAGCCUAAGGAACGAACCCAUAUUCGAUUGCCUACGCACCCAAUCUCUCUCUGUACAUAUGCUGAAUAAGAAUUUCUGUACUUUUCCAAAACGUAUCGCACCAGAUUUCCUACUCACAACUAUCACGAAUAUCAAUUGUAAUCUCACGCCCAUUUAAACGACGCUAUAUAAAUAAGUACAGGCAGAAUUAAAUGGACAAACAUUAUCACGUCAUCUACAAAACAAUUAGGUUAGCCCUUCAAACAGAAUAUCGUCUAUGAUACGUAAAUGUAAUUAAGCUAAAGUAUGUGUAUAUCGUGUAAGCUAUAGAUUGUCUCUAAUAUGUAAUACCUAAGGUACCUACAAAUUUACGCAGACACACUCAUCUACUCUGUAUGCAAAUGAGUAAAUUAAAUCUAAUUGUAUAUGAAAAACACAUACAACGCAAAUAAAAUAUAUUUUAAAAAUUUAA